GAUGCCACCUGGUUGCCAGGUAACCGGAGCUGGACCGCGGUGCGAUUGAGGCCGCGGGAACCGAGCGGCGGGUGGCGAGGGUCUCACCAAGGCCGCCAGAGCUCGGAGGGAGCUCUCCACCUGGAGUUUUGCACCUGACGUCUCAGAUCUGAGUCUCACCACACACGCUGCAGAUAAUGCCUGCCAGCCCGCCAGCCUGGGCCCCACUCCCUGCCCGCCUCUGAUCUCGGGCACUCCACCGGAUGCCACUCUCAGGACCCAGAGUCUUCCCAGCUUCUCAGCUUCGGUCCUCCACCCAGCUGCACAGAAUGUCUUCAGGGCCUGGGGAUGUGGGGUCUCCUUCUCCCUUGUCUACACAGGCUGGGGAUGCAGGGGGCUCCUCCUCCAGCACAGCCUGGGGCCAGCCAUGUGUCCCCAAGACUCCAAGGACUUCCCAGCUGGAGCCCAGAAAGCAGAGCUGAGGAAGGUGUCUGAGGCCCCAGAGGCUGGGGGACUCUCCUGGCCCAGAUGCCGGCUCCUCCCCGACUACACCCAGGUGGCAGGCAGACGGUGAAGGAUGAGGGAGGGGCAAGCCCCACGCGGAAGUCAGGUAGGAGUGUCCAACUCCUACCUGGCAGCCACUCUCCUGGCCGCCAGCGCCAGCCCCGGAACUCCAGCCGCAACCAGCAUGCAGGGCGAAGAGAACCUGGUGGAGCCUGAAGGGGACAGCUUCCCGCUGAUGGAGAUCGGUCACUGCGAGACCGAGGCCUCCGAGCAGUGGGACUACGUCCUCGUGGCCGACCUUCGCACCCAGAAGGACCCCCAGCAGAUGCAGCAGCAGUGGCAGUUCCUGGAAGAGCUCAGGAGAAAGGGCUUCCACACCAAGAUGAUAAAGGACCAGAAACAGGUGUUCUUCGGGAUCCGUGCUGAUAACAGCAUCUUCGACCUGUACCGCACCCUCCUCCCGGAGCCCGAGGGUCUUGCCCGCCGUGCCCAGCAGGCCUCGUCUGUCCCAGUCACCACAGGAAUCCGAAUCGUGAACUUCGUGGUCCAGAAAAACAAGACCUCCGCUGGCAAGACAUUCGAGAAUUUGGUGAAGGACGGGGUCUUCGAGACCAGCUUCCCCCUACACAAGGAGGAACAACAGCUGAAGACCUGGGCACAGUGGAGGGGCAUGUUCCGCAAGCAGCCAGUGAAUGAAAUCAGGGACUACUUCGGGGAGAAGGUGGCCCUGUACUUCGCCUGGCUGGGCUGGUAUACCUACAUGCUGGUGCCAGCCGCCCUGAUGGGCCUCGUGAUUUUCCUGAGUGGAUUCUCGCUGUUCGAGGCCAGCCAGAUCAGCAAGGAGAUAUGUGAAGCCGACAACAUCCUCAUGUGUCCCCUUGGAGACCACAGCCGCAGGUACCAGCGGCUCUCGGAGACCUGCACUUUCGCCAAGCUAACCCACCUCUUUGACAACGAUGGCACGGUGGUGUUCGCCAUCUUCAUGGCUCUCUGGGCCACAGUGUUCCUGGAGAUCUGGAAGCGGCAGCGAGCCAGUGUGGUCCUGCUGUGGCACCUGUACGGGUGGGACGAGGACCAGGAGGAAAUGGCACUUGAGCUCAUUAACUGUCCCAGCUACGAGCUGCGGCUGCAUGAGCACUCCUACCUACGCAGCACUGUCAUCCUGGUCCUCACCCUGCUCAUGAUCUUCCUCAUGAUCGGCAUGGCGCACGUCCUGGUGGUCUACCGAGUCCUGGCCUCCGCGCUCUUCAGCAGCUCGGCGCUGCCCUUCCUGGAGGAGCAGGUGACCACAGCCGUGGUGGUGACCGGGGCCCUGGUGCACUACGUGACCAUUGUCAUCAUGACCAAGGUCAAUAAGCUCGUGGCCCUGAAGCUUUGUGACUUCGAGAAGCCCCGGACCUUCUCGGAGCGGGAGAGCAAGUUCACCAUCCGCUUCUUCACACUGCAGUUCUUCGCCCACUUCUCCUCACUCAUCUACAUCGCCUUCAUCCUGGGCAGGAUCAACGGCCACCCGGGGAAGUCCACGCGCCUGGCGGGCCUGUGGAAGCUGGAAGAGUGCCACGCCAGCGGCUGCAUGAUGGACCUGUUCGUGCAGAUGGCCAUCAUCAUGGGCCUAAAGCAGACGCUCAGCAACUGCGUGGAGUACCUGGGCCCGUGGCUGGCGCACAAGUGGCGCUCCAAGCAGGCCUCUGCGCCCGCCCGGGACCCCGAGCUCAGGGACUGGCAGCGAAACUACCUUCUGAACCCCGUCAACACCUUCAGCCUGUUCGACGAGUUCAUGGAGAUGAUGAUCCAGUAUGGCUUCACCACCAUCUUCGUGGCCGCCUUCCCGCUGGCGCCGCUGCUCGCGCUCUUAAGCAACCUCGUGGAGAUCCGCCUGGACGCCAUCAAGAUGGUCCGGCUGCAGCGGCGCCUGGUGCCCCGCAAAGCCAAGGACAUCGGGACCUGGCUCCAGGUGCUGGAGACCAUCGGCGUGCUGGCGGUCAUUGCCAACGGGAUGGUCAUCGCCUUCACAUCUGAGUUCAUCCCUCGCGUGGUCUACAAGUACCGCUACAGCCCGUGCCUGAAAGAAGCCAACUCUACAGUCGACUGCCUCACGGGCUACGUCAACCACAGCCUGUCCGUCUUCUACACCAAGGACUUCCAGAAGCCUGAUGGGAUUGAGGGCUCAGAAAAUGUGACUCACUGCAGGUACAGGGACUACCGUCAUCCCCACCAUUACACCCUCACCAAGAAGUUCUGGUUCCUCCUGGCCAUCCGCCUGGCCUUCGUCAUCCUCUUUGAGCACGUGGCCUUGUGCAUCAAGCUCAUUGCUGCCUGGUUCGUGCCUGACGUCCCGCAGUCGGUGAAGAACAGCAUUCUGGAGAAAAAGUAUGAGAAGAUGAAGGAAAGGCAGCCCCCGACGCCCACCCAUCCCACCUCAGCCUCCAUCUUCAGCGCCAGGAGCACAGACGUGUAGGGCCAGAGCCUGUCCAGAGGCCCUGGCCCCCAGGAGCUGAGACAGUGCCAGUGCCUCCCACCCGGCCUCCGCUGUGCAUGUGGAGGGAGAGUGCUGUAAGAAGGCUGUGCGCAUGGGGGCUGCAGGAGUUCCUGUAUGUUCGGGGCAUCUGUGAGCCGCCGGCUUGUUCUGCCUGCUCCGUCUCUGGGGGGGCUCUCAAGCUUGGUACAUCCUGGAUUGAACUCUGGAUGACCCUGGGCACCCACAGAACUGGGAGAGGGACUUCUCAGGCAGCCACAAGGCAGGAGAACUGGCCCAAGUUUCCUGGGCCCCAGAUUCUGCCGUGCCCCCAUUCUGGGUGUUGGGAGGUGGCCGGAGCCCACCUGGCCGGCCUGUUCCCUUUGGCCAGCAGGAGUUUCUGUAAUAAAAUUAAACCUGUU